AUGUCGGGAAACCGGGGACCACGCACACUGACGUGUGCCCGCACUUACCUUGCACCUGCAGGAAGCUUAGUGCUCAACGGCCACUUAACAGACUUGGCCCUGGACCGUCUCCUACCACCGCUCGGGUUCUGUGGUGAGGGUGCAGACAGUGGCCCAGGCAGCUGUCCUCCAGGAGGAUGGCAUGUAGUCCAAAUACUUGCUCCACAUCCACACUUCUUGUGCAGGGAGCUUCUGGAGGAGAGCGGACUGACUGUGGACACCUUGCAGAAGAUGGGCCAGAUCACAUUUGAAUUUGUGGGCAACUCUGAACUCAUGGAAGUUCACAUUUUCCGGGCAGAUGAUUUUCAUGGGGAGCCAACAGAAAGUGAUGAAAUGCGCCCGCAGUGGUUUCAGCUGGACGAGGUGCCCUUCAAUCACAUGUGGGCAGACGAUGCCUACUGGUUUCCCCUGGUGCUUCAGAAGAAGUUGUUUCGUGGUUACUUUAAGUUCCAGGGACAAGACACAAUCCUGGAGCAUACCCUUAAAGAAGUGGAGGAAGUUUAAGAAGAAAAGGGAAGCGCUCAGGCCACGUGCUGUUGCCCACAUUGGGCUAGG